UAGACCCACUUUGGCGCGGUGGCACCUAAGCACCAGGCUGAUUCAACUGACAGCGCCUGUGACAUCUCCCUACAGAGCUGUAGACUCGUUGACCUCGUUCCGGGAGACACACCUGCCGCCUGUACUACCGACCAUACGCCAAAAAGUUGCGAUACCAGCACGUCGCGGUCCCCCUAGCCUCCGGACUCCUUCAAGCCUUUCCUUGUGGCAGCCCGGGACCGAGAAAUGCGGGCGGGACCGGAAACCCCACUCGACCUCUUCUACCGAUUUAUCCCCUGAGACCACGUUAGCCAUUGGACGAAUAAAGUUCUGAAGCACUUCCCGUACGCGUGGCGACAAAUUUCCGACGAGAUUCACUGCUACGUAGUUAUUUCGAUUGAUAUGGAAUUAAAUACGGAUAGAGAGUCACUAAUAUUAGCAUAGCAGAAGGAUUCAAACCAUCGAUUUCCCGAUCAUCACGAAGCAGAGUCACUUAGCAGAAAAUGUUUAGGGGGGGAAAUGAUUUGCUACAACAACCGGUUUCAUGGAGCAACAUCGGCCCGGAAGGCGGGGUAGUCGUCCAUCAUCAGGCGCGCUCUCCUAACGACAGCCAUAAGACGCCUUCUUUACUAAGAGCCAGCCCCCAAAUAGCGUACCCGUCACCAACUGCACCAAAAUGACGACCUGUGCAUUUUUUGAGCAUGGCAGGUGCCGCCAAGCAGAGCGAUGCGUUUUUGCUCACGUCAAAGACGACGAACCACCGCGAAAUCUACUCGAUGGCUCUAUAUACAGCACUGCUGGUCUGCCCUCAAUGAAGGGAACCUCGAAGCCUCUUACAAAACUGCCUUCGGUGGCGCGGAUCAUCAACCUACCGCACGGCAACGCUGGGGCUGUAUCCUGUAUCCUAUCCCGCCUUGGAAUACACCUUGGCACCGAAUCGAUCCGAAUCCAACACCAAGUCAGCAUAGACGACGUACAAGUAAAAGGUACCUACGCAGAGAUCAUCAGCGCAGGGGGUGAGCAAUUUGCCCAAGAACUGUACGAAGCAUUUAGGAAGGGCAACGUGAAAACGCUGCACGGUUAUCACAAUGUUGACGUCAUCGUUCUUCAAUAGAAACUAGCCAGCAUGUAAGAGGCGUCUCGGAUUGACGGGAAUAUAAACCAAACUUCCGAAAAUAACACGUACUCUCGUUGAACAAUAAUCAUCACACUAGCUCGUACCUCUUUGACAUUCACAGGUCACAUUGAGGAAGAUGCGAGUUAGUGGAAUCGUGCCUUUACAGUACGUACCUCCGCGUCACAUAAGUAAAAUCAAUCGCAAUCCCAGGUCCUAUCCAGUCCUCAACCUAAAGCGUCUCAGAGGCUGACGUGGCUAU